UAAGACCGCUCAGUUGGCUACGAACCUCUGCCGUGAGCAUUUGCAAACGCAUGAAACGGAAAAAACAAAGUCGAAAGCCGAAAAAUACAAAUUGAAAUCUCCGCGCUGUCUUCGGUACGUGUUAAGUUUUUUAAUUAGUAGAGUUUUCAAGUGAAUUCAGUGGCAAAAAGAGAAAAUAAUUCACAAAAAUACAAGAAGCAAAGCAAAGCUUAAGUGUAGUGAACAAAAAAAAACUGUGUAUCAACAGGCAAAACAAUACAAUAAGCCGCACUCUAGAUUUCCAGACUUCGCGUUGAAGGCAAUUGCUGAAUCGCAAUCGACUCAAAUGCAAAUGCAAAUCGACGGCGAAUGAAUUGACAAUGACAAAGAGUAUUAAACGUCCGCCCCCUAUUAGUUGUAACCACCUGCUUCUUACCUAUGUGAUAUUAGCUUAUACAGUAGCCGCCCACAGCUCGCCCCCGCCAUGUGGCCUUUAUGGAGCGCCGCCUUGCCAAUUCCUCCCAGCGCCACCUGGUCAAACGCCCACCUGUGCCCGUCCAGGAAAAACUUACUGCGAACACGCCGAUAACUAUCCCACGUAUCUCAUUAAGACCCUCGUCCGAAAGUGGGGCUAUGAGGCCAGCACUUUGCUGGUGGACGAAACCUGGGAGGAUUUUGCGGCUGUGGCGUGGCACGAUACUCCCGUCUUCUACGAUCCCAAGUCCAUUUUCCCGCCCCGCGAUCCCAAUGGCCAGGACUUUAAUGGAUAUAGUUAUCAGACCCCAUUUGGAGGCAACCCCCACAGAGCGAGUGGCGGUGGAAACCCCCUUUUCGUCAGCAAUCCCACAACGGAAGCGCCAACGUAUCUUCUUUAUACGUCUUCUGGAGGAGGUCAUCGCUCGGGUCAGCGGUACAACUCGCAGGGCGGAACCUCAUCCGCCGGCGGUCACUUGUACUUCAAUCACGGUGGCAAGUCCACACCCUACAAUGCCACCCUCUGGCUGAAGCGGUUGGUCAGGGAUCUCAGUCGAAAGCAGAGGCAGGUCGGCACUGAUGAAGAGGUGGAGGAGGAGGUGGUCGAGGAGGAGGCCGAGGGUGCUGAGGAGGUUGAGGAAGAGGAGUCGGAUGAGGACGAGGGAAAGGGAAAGGGAGAGGGGGAGCAGAGCGAACCGACAGAGGAUCACGCGCAGAGCAAGCGCGAUGUCUCGCUCAACAUGGAUCUCUUGGAUAUCGUGGGCGUGGAUGCCCCCAAUCCGCCGAAGAAGCGUUCGAGGACAAAGCGCCAAAGUCCCGGACGCUCCACCCUCUGCCAGACGACCUCGCAGUUCAUCACCCCGCAGGCGGCGCUCAAUAGUCGAGGCAACUGGAUGUUCGUGGUCAACGAGCAGAACACAGCGCGCCAGAUGGUGAAGGCGGAACUCUGCGCCUCGAACACCUGCUCGAACCUGUGCGAAUUGCCCAACGGCUACAACUCGAGAUGCGAGCAGAAGUUUGUGCAAAAACGCUUAAUUGCGCUCCAGGGCAAUGGGCAGAAUCUCUAUACGGACACGUUCUGGUUUCCCAGUUGCUGUGUCUGCACGAUAGCCGCCAAUUAAAUGAGGACGACGAUUUUGGCAAAUUCAUAUCUGAUAACUAAAUGAUACGAAACCAACCACACACACAAUACACAAAACACAACACACUGCACAACACCCCCACACACACAACACACUCAAUAUAUCUCACAUGUAGUUACACACAAACACACAAUGUAGUUCUUAAAAAUGUAAUUUAAAAUCGAAAACAUCGAGUGAGGCAUGCUAAAUUGCAUUUUUGCCCACACAAUCCCUUCGAGUUUUGUAUAGUAGCAUUAGAGUUACCCUGUGAGAGCGAUCUAAUGGAUAUCAAAUAAACAACGAUUCGAGGCAAUGUUU